AUGAUUCGAAAUGCACUUGACAUCACGAACGAGCUCACAUCCUUCGUCCGAAACUCUCCGAAGACGGCUGCGUUGCUCCGGCGCCUGGCACUGGGGACAGAGUCAGGGACUGGCUCUCUGCGUCCACUGUGCCCCACCCGCUGGACGUGUCGUACUGCAUCGCUGAGAAGCGUACUGGAAAACUACGAGUUCAUCAUGCACACUCUGGAAGAGGUGAGCACCGAGUCGAGCGGAGAGCACGCUCGAAGGGCGGGAGGAAUGCUGGCCCUCAUGGGUCAGUUCGACACACUGAUGGGCCUACGCAUGGCCAUCGAGGUGUUUUCCAUCGCAGAAGACCUCUCGCGUGGCCUGCAGUCGGCGACAGCGACGGUGGGAGACACACAGAAGGCAGUGACACGUGUGUGUGAGCGAUUUGACAGCAUGCGGACAACGGUGUCGUUCGACAAGACGUACAAGAAGACCGAACGAGAUGCAGAAGAGGUGGGUGUCGACGGGCCUCAGCUUCCUCGCAAGCGCAAGGUUCCCAUGAAACUGGGCGGUGGUGAUCAGCAUCCAGACGCAACGGCAAAGGAGAUGUACCGCCGACAGUUCUUUGAAGUUCUUGACCUGCUGACAAACCAGCUUAAGGAGAGGUUCACUCAGCCGACCUUCGAAAAGGCUCGUGAGGUGGAGCGCGUGUUGGAAGAUGCGAGUGCGGGGAGAGACGUCUCCGUUCCCGCCGUCGUCAGAGAGCUCUAUGGCGACGAUCUGGACCUGGCACGGCUGGAAGUGCAGCUGAAGAUGCUUCCAGAUGUGGUCGGGGGCGGCAGAAACUCGGUGCAUGAGGUACUACAGGCGCUAGUGGAUUCGAAACAGACCGGCGGUGCUGUGUUCCAGAGAAUGAUGAGUGAGGUGCUCACACUGGCUAAACUCUACCUCACCGUCCCCGUCACUACGGCUACGGCAGAGCGCUGCUUUUCGUCACUCAGACGUAUAAAGAGUUACAUCCGUUCUACCAUGGGGCAAGGCCGGCUGAAUGCCGCCAUGCUGUGCGCGACACACAGGCAGCGCGUGGAUGAACUGAACGUCGACUUGAUCGCAACUGAGUUCUUUGGUGCAAACGAUCGGCGCCGGUCGUUCUUCGGACGCUAA